GCAGCCUCCACAAACUUCCACGGCUACUUCAAAAAUUGGGAGAGCUACAAAAAUGCUCUCUCCGUGGUCCACACCUUGCACCGUCUCUCGGUCAAGGACAAAUUCGAGAGGUGGGCCAAUGCCCACUUGGACUUCCUCCACCACGAUAUAAGCCCAUCUUCGUGCAUCACCCUGAUGCACAGCUUGAUUCUGCUGCUCAACAGCAGUCUCAAGCGGUUCUACCCGAAGUCGGUGCAGGGUGUCUUGGUGUUGGAGGCCAUGAAGCAUUGCGUUCCCACGCUGAACUCAGGGCGGGAAAGGACCAUGCAAUGGAUUUUUUCCAAAGGAGGAGCAGACACCUCACGCAGAAUGAACUUGCUGAACCUUCCCAUGAAGACCUCCAUGGCGUGCAAGAAGAUGCAGCAAAUGGAGACACCCGAGCAAGCCCGUGGCAAACAAGCAUCGAACCCGGCAGACAUUCUGAAAGCAAAGCUUCUCGAGGUUUUUCCGUCGGGUCCGUCGGGCGCGGGCUCGUCGGGGACACAAGCGGGGCAGUCGGGGACGUCGGGCAGUGACAAGGGCGGUGAUCAGCCGCCAGCAGAUGUGAAGAAGAAUGAGCUCAAGAAAGCGGCUUUCACUGGCUACCAGAAAGCGGAGAAGGAGAACUACUCCACAGAGCUGCGAGGCUUGGAUACGGAUGACGUGAGAGAUUUGACCGCCCUUGACGAGGCAAUGCUGGCACUGCGAUACGCCGCCCAGUUUGUGAAGAAGCGGAACGCAGUUGCUCAGGCGGACGCGGAGGAAGAUGGGGACGCAGAGGAAGAUGUGGACUUGGUCGAGACCAACACCUUUGACCUUUUGGCGAAUGAUGACAUGAUCAGCAGCUUCACGUUCUGCGUAUCCAUUUUCUACGAGUUCUUGUGGCAAGGGCAGGCCAUGUUCAUGUUCAUGGUUCAUGAGAUCAUGACUUCACGUGUGGUGGUCAAUGGCAAGGACGUGCGUGCUUGGUCUGUUCUGCGCACAGAGAUACAGCACAUCCUUGUGAAGAGCCAUGAGAAAGCCUUCCAGAUCCCAGCAGGUGGCAAAGGCGACAAGCAAGAUGGCAAAUCGGCAUUGUCUGCGAUGGAAUUGGCAGAGCUGCUGACGCAGGACUUCUUGCAGAAGCCUGCAGAGACAGUGGAGUUUGGGGAGGGUCUGGAUGAGGAGGACCUGCACGGUAUAC